GUGUGCACUGCGCUUCUCCCUCCGCGGCGCGAGCGCUUGUUGUGGUGUGACGUCAGAGCUGCAGCGGCCAUCCACUACAGCUCUGCAAUGACAACAUUACUGAGACAUUAUCCGCCUGCAGCCGUCCAUGGCCAAGACCAAGAGCCAAGCUUACGAUGCUGCUCCCAUCCAGCCUAGCGUGGUGUUGUGCUCCUGUGCUUCUUCAUCAAUGGUAAAGAUUCAGCUCAACUCCAACCUUCCUCAUUGUCUCAGUAUGGAGAUCCGCGGGGGUGAGGCAAGCGUUCAGGAAAAGACGUCUACCAUCAAGCCUCCACAAUCACGCAAGAAGGAGGAUUUCAGCUUUGGCAAAAUUUUAGGAGAGGGUUCCUUCUCAACAGUUGUGCUUGCAAAGGAACUGGCCACAGGAAAGGAAUAUGCAAUGAAGAUUCUAGAGAAGAAUCACAUCAGGAAAGAGAAUAAAGCACACUAUGUGAUCAGAGAGAAGGAUAUAUUGUCAAGCAUAGAUCAUCCCUUUUUCGUAAAGCUCUUCUUCACGUUUCAAGAUUCCCAUAAAUUAUAUUUUGCCCUCAGUUAUGCAAAGAAUGGAGAACUACUUAGAUACAUUCGCAAAAUAGGCUCAUUUGAUGAGACUUGCACAAGAUUCUACACUGCUGAGAUAGUUUGUGCACUCGAGUAUUUGCACGCAAUGGGAAUUAUUCACAGGGACCUUAAGCCAGAGAACAUUUUACUGAGCGAAGACAUGCACAUUCAAAUUACGGAUUUCGGGACAGCAAAACAGUUGUCAGCAGACAGCGUUCAAACAAGAGCCAAUUCUUUUGUUGGCACUGCACAGUACGUUUCUCCAGAGCUGCUGACAGAAAAAUCAGCCUGCAAAAGUUCUGAUCUCUGGGCACUGGGUUGUAUAAUCUACCAGCUGGUGGCUGGGUUACCUCCGUUUAGAGCCGGGAAUGAGUACUUGAUUUUCCAAAAGAUAAUCAAGCUGGAAUAUGAAUUUCCUGAGAAGUUCUUUCCUAAAGCUAAAGAUCUGGUGCAGCGACUGUUGUCUUUGGACCCUAGAAAGCGGCUAGGAUGUGAGGAAAUGGGUGGGUUCAAUCCACUGAAAGGCCACAUGUUCUUUGAGACAAUCUCAUGGGAGAACUUGCCGGUUCAGACUCCACCCAAGCUGACCCCUUACCUACCAGCCAUGGCUGAAGAUGAUGAAGACUACUAUGGCAAUAAUGGUGUUUCUUCUAAUGACGUCAGCUUGACGGCUUGUGCAGAACAUCCUUAUACCCUCUCCUCUGACCGUCUACCUGCUUAUGAAGAUCUCCUCAGUCAGUUCAGCAGCCUGCAGGUGGUCCCAUCCAGCUCAUCUCAGAUCGUCCCACUGAGAUCCUGCAGCAAUAUUGAGCAGUACGUCCAUGACUUGGACAGCAACUCCUUUGAGCUGGACCUGCAGUUCUCCAGUGAGGAGAAACGACUUCUGCUGCAGAAGCAAACAAGUGGCAACCCUUGGCACCAGUUUGUUGAAAAUAACUUGAUAUAUAAAAUGGGACCAGUUGACAAACGAAAGGGACUGUUUGCUCGACGCCGUCAGCUUUUACUGACAGAAGGGCCACAUCUAUAUUAUGUGGAUCCUGUGAAUAAAAUACUAAAGGGGGAAAUUCCAUGGUCUCCAGAGCUGCGUCCCGAGGCCAAGAAUUUCAAGACAUUUUUUGUCCACACGUUUUCUCAUGUGCAGCCAAACAGGACAUAUUAUCUCAUGGAUCCCAGUGGUAAUGCGGACAAAUGGUGCAAGAAGAUUCAAGAGGUGUGGGGAACAGUAUAUCACUAAUAAGACUACUGGCAUGCCGGGGCAUGAGAAGACCACUGGAGUCAAGGCAAGUCUUAAAGGUCUGAGUCCUUCACCAUUCACCUACCAAUCAGAAAGUCAACUGUGCAUUUAUGGGACUAGUGCAUCAAUAUUCCUUCUUGAAGUAAAAAGAUGUUUUGCUUGCAGUGUUUUUGUCAUAUUUAGCAGGUGUAAUAUAAAAGCAAAGAUUAGUAAAACUCAUCAAAUCCGCAAUUUGUACACUAUAUAUGUGUAUGUAGAUAUGUAUAUACAUAGGAGGUAUCCCAAAAGCUUGGGGAAAAAAACACUCAAUCUAUGGCCUUUUAAAAUAAUAAGGAUAGCUAUAGAGGACACUCAAAUGACCCUACAGGUCAAGUACAUAUUAAAUUCAUACACAUGUCAUUAAUAUAUUUCUAUUUAUUCUCUAAGUCAUGUUGUUCACCUGUAGAAUAUCAUAUUACAUGUAAUUAUCAUCAUCUGAAAAAGAAUCACUUCUGAGACGUUAUAUUUAGUCUGAAAUUUACCCAGCAAUGGAUUUUUUUGUGGUUUCACAUGUGAAACUUGCACUGGGUUCCUUAAAUCUGCUGUUUAUGUUUGUUUUAUAUUAUACUUUAUUUAAAAACAUUGGUUUAGUUUGAAAAUAAGUACUUGAUUAGGUACGUUACACAGUAUACACAGUAAGAGAGCAGCAAUAAAAGCAGAUGGCUGUCAACAGUCAUGUUUUGUCGUGCCGGGUGAUUCUCUUGCAGUGUAAAUAUGGUGUUAUACCUACGGGAAUUGAGCUGUGAAGAGGAUCGCAACUGUAAAUAAGGGCCGUGUUUGCAGAUGCAGUUUUUGACCACUUAAUUGUACAUUUAAAAGGAUGUUGGUCCAGCACAGACAAACGAAAACUCUGUAACUAAGUGAGAAUCAAACACAGAAGUCUGUUUUUCUUCUUUUGUUGUGUUGUCUCCUUGCAUUUUUUGAGGAAUUGUUCAAUCGUGUGUUUAUAACACGAUUAGGUGUGUCAGCGAAUACAACUGUGAUGUACAGAUGAUGUAUUAUUCAGAAAGUAACACAGUGUUACUGGAUUUGCACCUUGUAUAAUUUUAUUCUUAUGUAAGAUUAUUCGCUGGCAGUGGCUCAGCCUGUAGUACCUAAUAUAUUAUUUAAAUUCUAAUAUUCUGAGAUUUUAAUUGACUCAUGUUCAGGGGCCACGUGUUGUAAAUAUUGAGAUGUUAACCUUUGAAUUGUAAAUGAUGGCUGUAAUAUUUGCAAGAUUUUUAUGUGUCCUAAUCAGGUCACUCAGAUUAUAUCAGAUUCAAUGUUUAUGCCCUUGGAUUUCCAUGCACCUUAAUGAUACUGAAGAAUGUCCAGGAGAAAAUCAUGCUAAGUCUCAUAAUAAAAGUAUAUUUGAAGAGUAA